AUGGCGCCCCACGAAAGUAACUUGGUAGAUGCCAACCCCCCAGCGUAUGGCACCAUCGCAGUUCACCAUCACCACCACCACGACACACUCUGCGCCCGCGAUGCACGAUUUUCUGCUUUCUGUAGAACCUUCCUUGUAGCUAUUCUGGUGCUCUUCAUCGUUGCCUCCUUCGGUAUCGUCACCUUUGCGGCCUGGAAUUUCCAUGAGGUAGCUGAAUGCGAAAAGCAACGCCUGCCUUGGGAAAAGCCUUGUAAAGACUGGCUGGGCAACGGCUCGAGAGACUGGCUGGGUCGAAGCUUGACUGCAUAA